AUGGAUCACGAGGAAAAAGAGCCCAGCAGCUACGAGCUUGUGGACGAGAUGGGGCACGGUGUGAGCGCCGUUGUUUACGCGGCUAUCUGCACGUCCAUGGACCCGUCAGCGUUGGUGAUUGUGGCGAUCAAUUGCAUCCAUUUGGACUGUUUGCGGACUAACCUUGACGAAGUGCGUGGCGAGGUCCGCACCAUAUCCCGGCUUUCUCAUCACCCCAACAUUCUGGGGGCCUACUGCUCCUUCAAAGUUGGCCAGAGCCUCUGGCUAGUCAAGCUGUUCAUGUCCGGUGACACGCUACCAUCCAUCAUGCCAUCGUCGUUCCCCUAUGGAUUUUUGGAGCUCUGCGUGGUUGUGAUUCUACGGGACACGUUGAGCAGCUUGGCGUAUUUACGUGGGCGAAGUCACGUUCACAGGUAUAACGGUAGAAAUGGGAGAGUAGCUUUGUUCUAA